AUGACCAGUGUCGCACCGCCUGGGUUCAUAUUCCCGCCAGGGAUGGCGCCACUCGAGGUGCCCAACUAUGUGGUGAGUGCACUCGAGGGUCAGAUGGUCCACCACACUCGCCGGUGUUUGUUCACGCUUUGUGCACGACCUCCCCAACUUUUGUUCCCGCCAGGAGCCCGAGGCGAUGGCCCAAGAGACGCUGGACGCAAAGGCCAGGAAGUGGAACGCUCUGCAGAGCCGUCGUUACGGCUCGUCGAGGAAGACGCAGGUCGAUCCAGGCAAGCAAGAGCUCCCACCAGAGGCAUUGCGACGCAUCAUCAAGGACCACGGUGACAUGAGGUAGGUAUGGCGAUGGCAGGCCGAUGGGAGACCCACAGUUGGGCGGCCAGGCCACCGCUGGGUACGGGCGUGACGUGCGAGGCUGACUCUCGUGAUCGUACACGUCGAUCGUCCAUCUUCUCGAAACAGUAAUCGCAAGUUUCGAUCCGACAAACGCGUCCAUCUUGGCGCGCUGAAAGUGAGCUCACGGCAUGAACGGUGUCGGAUGCCUCAAGUCACGCGCUGACCAACGCUUGCGGCGGGCGACCCACAGUAUGUUCCGCAUGCUGUCCUGAAACUUCUCGAAAAGUGAGUGCCCGCUUGGUCGUUGCUGUGGCGUCUCCAUCACUCUUGUCGCAUAGGCUGAUACCAAGCGAUGGUCCAUUCAUCGCCGACAGCAUGCCCAUGCCCUGGGAGCAAGUUCGCGAAGUCAAAGUGCUGUAUCAUGUGACGGGGGCCAUCACCUUCGUCAACGAGAUUCCGACCGUGAUCCCGCCUGUGUACCAUGCGCAGUGGGCGUCCAUGUGGCUUGCCAUGCGUCGCGAAAAGCGCGAUCGCCGCCACUUCAAACGCAUGCGAUUCCCACCGUUUGAUGACGAGGAACCUCCCUUGGACUACGGCGACAACGUGCUCGACACCGAGCCACUAGAAGCCAUUCAGCUCGACCUCAACGACGACGAGGACGGGCCUGUCAUCGACUGGUUCUACGAUUCGAAACCGCUGCUGGACUCGCCCCACAUUAACGGGAGCUCCUACAAGGUGUGGAACUUGGAUCUUCCCCAGAUGGCGGUCCUGUACCGCCUGGGUAGGAGCCUACUGAGCGAUUUCAACGAUCGCAAUUACUUCUACUUGUUCGAGCCCAAGUCGUUCUUCACGGCGAAGGCGUUGAAUGUGGCGAUCCCGGGCGGCCCCCGCUUCGAGCCGUUGUACCGCGACACGGACAACUUCGACGACGACUGGAACGAGUUCAAUGACAUCAACAAGGUCGUUAUCAGGCAACAGAUUCGCACCGAGUACAAAGUCGCGUUCCCGCACCUUUACAAUUCGUUGCCCCGUGCCGUUCACAUCCCUGUCUACCACGAGCCCCACAAUCUCUACAUUCGCACGGAGGACCCCGAUCUACCAGCUUUCUUCUACGACCCGAUGAUUCACCCCAUGUCGACGCGUGGGCUGGCGCCUCGCAACGAAAAUAUCACUCCGGAGCAGGCUGUCUUUGGUGAUAGCGACGGCGAAAGCGACGGUCGUGGUGAUGCCGAGUUGGAGCUCCCGCAUUUCAUCGAGCCCUUCCUCGGCGAAUGCGAGAUUGAGACGGAGCGAACUGCCGAUGCGAUUGGGCUGUGGUGGGCGCCUCAUCCGUACAACCAACGCAGCGGUCGGACCGUUCGCGCCCAAGAUGUACCCCUUGUCAAGAAUUGGUACCUCGAGCAUUGCCCACCCGGCCAACCCGUCAAGGUCCGCGUGUCGUACCAAAAACUGCUCAAGUGUUACGUCCUCAACGCGCUCCACCGUCGCAAUUCCAAGCCCGCUACCAAGAAGUACCUUUUCCGCCAACUGAAAGCAACCAAGUUCUUCCAGACGACAACGAUCGAUUGGGUCGAAGCCGGACUUCAAGUGUGCCGCCAAGGGUACAACAUGCUGAACCUCCUCAUUCAUCGCAAGAACCUCAAUUAUCUCCACCUGGACUACAACAUGAAUUUGAAGCCGGUCAAGACGCUCACGACGAAGGAGCGCAAAAAGUCUCGUUUCGGAAACGCGUUCCACCUUUGUCGCGAGAUUCUGCGCCUGACCAAGCUGAUCGUGGACUCUCACGUGCAAUACCGCCUCGGCAACGUGGAUGCGUUCCAGCUUGCUGAUGGACUGCAGUUUACAUUUGCGCACGUUGGACAGCUGACGGGCAUGUACCGUUACAAGUACAAGUUGAUGCGCCAGGUUCGCAUGUGCAAGGAUCUCAAACACGUCAUCUACACUCGGUUUAACACCGGCCCCGUUGGCAAAGGCCCCGGCGUAGGCUUCUGGGCUCCCGGAUGGCGCGUGUGGCUCUUUUUCCUUCGCGGCAUUGUACCCCUCCUCGAGCGCUGGCUCGGCAACCUGCUCGCUCGACAGUUCGAAGGGCGCAAUUCCAAAGGCAUCGCAAAAACCGUUACAAAACAACGAGUCGAGUCGCAUUUCGAUCUCGAACUCCGCGCGGCAGUGAUGCACGACAUUCUCGACAUGAUGCCAGAAGGAAUCAAGCAAAACAAGUCGAAGACGAUUUUGCAGCAUUUGUCUGAGGCGUGGCGUUGUGUGAGUUUCGAGUCGACGGGACCGACCCCUAGAGUUUACGGAUCGAGAUUCGGUUCAGUGUUCACAGGACUGACCUGCAUACAAUAACUCUCUGUCUACGAAUCAUUUUUCCGUCUCGUGUCCCGGCGCUCUACGCGGUGUAGUGGAGUAAGUCAAUAUGCUUCUGCCUUCCUUCCUUGGUGAUCGCUGGAACGUGCGAGAUUGGCGCAUCGGAACCGGAAGACCAUCGCUGACCCAAAGUGCCUCUGGAUCAUUCUCAGAGGCAAAUAUUCCUUGGAAGGUGCCAGGAAUGCCUACAGCGAUCGAGAACAUUAUCUUGCGUUUCGUCAAGGCCAAAUCGGACUGGUGGACGUCGGUCGCGCAUUACAAUCGCGAGCGCAUCCGCCGCGGUGCGACGGUGGACAAGACGGUUGCCAAGAAGAAUCUCGGGCGAUUGACUCGACUGUACCUCAAAGCGGAGCAGGAACGCCAAAACUCGUACCUGAAGGAUGGUCCGUACGUCUCUUCUGAAGAGGCCGUAGCGAUCUAUUCCGCGACCGUACAUUGGCUCGAGUCUCGGAAGUUCGCGCCAAUGCCAUUUCCCCCGUUGUCCUACAAACACGACACGAAGCUACUGGUGCUCGCCCUGGAACGACUCAAGGAGGCGUAUUCUGUCAAAGGUCGCCUGAAUCAGUCCCAGCGCGAAGAGCUCGCCCUGGUCGAACAGGCCUACGACAACCCUCACGAGACUUUGUCCCGCAUCAAACGCCUCUUGCUGACCCAGCGCGCAUUCAAAGAAGCCGGAAUCGAGUUCUUUGACACGUACGAGAAGCUUAUUCCUUGCUACGACAUCGAGCCGAUGGAGAAGAUCACGGACGCCUACCUUGAUCAGUUCCUCUACUUCGAAGCCGACAAGCGAGGGCUUUUCCCGUCCUGGAUCAAGCCGGCCGACACGGAGCCACCUCCCUUGUUGGUGUACAAGUGGGCUCAAGGCAUCAACAAUCUGCACGAUGUAUGGGAAACGAGUGAAGGCGAAUGUAACGUUCUGAUGGAAACUCAACUUUCCAAGGUUUACGAGAAAAUCGACUUGACCUUGCUCAACCGUCUGCUGCGGCUGAUCAUGGACCACAACCUGGUAAGCAUUUUGUUCUUUGUUCUCACAAGGCGAAUGCAGCAGUGUCUUGACAAUGCCUGCACUUUUCCAUUCCUUCAUUUCGCUCAUUCGCAGGCCGAUUACUGCACGAGCAAGAACAACAUUGUCCUGACCUACAAGGAUAUGUCUCACGUCAAUGCAUAUGGAAUGAUUCGGGGCCUUCAGUUCUCGUCCUUUAUCUUCCAGGUAAUCCGAAACCUUUCUUCACGCUGAACCAGCAACUGAACAAGUAGCUGACUCGAGUGGCCCUCGCCCCGCCGCCCUUCACACCCACACCGCAGUACUACGGCCUCGUGCUCGAUAUUCUCAUCCUUGGGCUGCAACGCGCGAGCGAAAUGGCGGGUCCUCCGCAGACGCCCAACAAUUUCCUGCAGUUCCGGGACACCGCUACGGAGACGCACCAUCCGAUUCGACUCUACUCGCGUUACGUGGACAAGAUUCACAUCAUGUUCCGAUUUACUGCUGAUGAGUCGCGCGACCUGAUCCAACGGUAUCUGUCUGCUAAUCCCGAUCCCAACAACGAGAAGUGAGUCAGGGACGACAUUUGAGGCCCCCAAUAUUCAGCUGAGGGGUCCGAGUCAACGGCGUCACUGACAUCGCCUUGUGCCACGCUGCGUAGUCUCAUUGGUUAUAACAACAAAAAAUGCUGGCCCCGCGAUUGUCGUAUGCGACUCAUCAAACAUGACGUCAAUCUUGGUCGAGCUGUGUUUGACUUGGUGCGGACUUGUUGACAGCGUGUGGAGCAGCAGUCCAUUCGGGCUUAGUAACUGACGAAGCGGGUUGAACUGACACAGGUCAAAAAUUCGCUGCCGCGAUCGCUCACCACGAUCGAAUGGGACGAUACCUACGUUUCCGUGUACUCGAAGGACAAUCCUCAGUUGCUCUUCGCGAUGCAAGGGUUCGAGGUUCGCAUCCUUCCGACGUGUCGUGUGUCUAACGAGGCUUUCACUCUCAAGGAUGUGAGCAAAGCAGAAGUUUUUGCCAGGUUUGGCACUGUGAAGUUGAUUUUGUCUUCCGGUCUUUAGGGAACCUGGGCACUGCAAAAUGACGCUACCAAAGAGCGCACGGCCCACGCAUUCCUUCGCGUCUCCGACCAGGUUCGCCUCCUCGAUGCCAUCUUAUCCUGGCCUUGGGUUGCUGCAACUAACAUGUCUAAGCAACUUCGAGCGCACAGGGAAUCAAGCAAUUCAGUGAUCGGAUUCGUCAGAUCCUUAUGUCCUCUGGAGCCACAACCUUUUCGAAGAUCAUCAACAAGUGGUACGUCGUCGUCGGCGACCGCGUUCCUGAGGCAGGUCGAUGCUUAUACGUAUACACCUUUCGACCUUUCGUCUUCUCCCUCAGGAACACGGCUAUCAUUGGACUCAUGACGUAUUACCGCGAAGCCGUCAUUCACACGAAUGAGAUGCUCGACCUGCUCGUGAAGGCGGAGAACAAAGUGCAGACGCGCGUAAAGAUUGGUCUCAACUCGAAGAUGCCAUCCCGAUUCCCUCCUGUGGUAAGUGAAGCUGCUGUGCCCGACUUGGUCAUCCUGUAAUCUCCAACAAUCCUGAUCGGCGUCCCUUCUUCCCCCUUAUGUAGGUCUUCUAUAGUCCGAAGGAGCUAGGUGGUCUUGGCAUGCUGUCGAUGGGUCACAUCCUCAUCCCCGCGUCCGACCUUCGCUGGAGCAAGCAGACGGACACAGGCAUCACUCAUUUCCGCUCCGGAAUGUCGCAUGCCGAGGAUACGCUCAUCCCGAAUUUGUAUCGCUACAUCCAGCCUUGGGAGAGUGAAUUCCUUGAUUCAGCGCGCGUAUGGUCCGAAUACGCUCUCAAGCGCAAAGAAGCAUCGGCUCAGAACCGCCGUUUGACGCUGGAGGAUCUCGAGGACAGCUGGGACCGCGGCAUCCCUCGCAUCAACACCCUCUUCCAAAAGGAUCGUCAUACGCUUGCAUACGACAAGGGCUGGCGCGUCCGCUCGCACUGGAAGCAAUAUCAGUUGCUCAAGUUCGAUCCGUUCGCCUGGACUUCACAGCGCCAUGACGGUCGACUUCAUCAUCUGGGGGCGUACCGGGUUGAUGUGAUUGCUGCCUUGGGCGGUGUUGAAGGGAUUCUGGAGCAUUGUCUCUUCAAAGCGACGGCAUUCCCGACCUGGGAAGGUCUGUUCUGGGAGAAAGCGUCUGGCUUUGAGGAAUCGAUGAAGAACAAGAAGCUCACCAACGCGCAACGAUCCGGCUUGAAUCAAAUUCCGAACCGCCGAUUUACGUUGUGGUGGUCCCCAACCAUCAACCGUGCCAACGUCUACGUCGGUUUCCAGGUCCAGCUCGAUCUCACCGGGAUCUUCAUGCACGGCAAGAUCCCAACCCUCAAGAUUUCGCUCAUUCAAAUCUUCCGAGCCCAUCUGUGGCAAAAAAUACACGAAUCGGUCGUCAUGGACCUGUGUCAGGUACUCGACCAAGAGCUGGAGGCCUUGCAGAUCGAAACUGUGCAGAAGGAAACCAUCCACCCUCGCAAAUCCUACAAGAUGAACUCAUCCUGUGCCGAUAUUUUGCUGUUUUCGUCGUACAAGUGGAACGUCACGAGCCCGUCCCUCCUCACGGACUCGAAGGACCAACUCGAUGGCACGACAAGUUCCAAGUAUUGGUUAGAUGUACAAUUGCGUUGGGGAGACUUUGACUCGCACGACAUCGAGCGUUACUCCCGCGCCAAGUUCCUCGAUUAUUCGUCCGACAACAUGUCGAUUUACCCCUCACCGACCGGUACGCUCAUUGCGCUUGACUUGGCCUACAACUUACACUCAGCCUACGGUAAUUGGAUUCCGGGGAUGAAGCCACUGGUUCAGCAAGCCAUGGCCAAGAUUAUGAAAGCGAACCCGGCACUCUACGUCUUGCGCGAACGCAUUCGCAAAGGGCUUCAGCUGUAUUCGUCGGAGCCGACCGAGCCGUACCUCAACUCGCAGAACUACUCCGAGCUCUUCAGCAAUCAAAUCAUCUGGUUCGUUGACGAUACCCAAGUGUAUCGCGUCACCAUCCACAAGACCUUCGAGGGCAACUUGACUACCAAACCGAUCAACGGCGCAAUCUUCAUUUUCAAUCCACGUACCGGCCAAGCCUUCAUCAAGAUCAUUCACACAUCAGUUUGGGCAGGUCAGAAGCGUCUGGGUCAAUUGGCUAAGUGGAAGACGGCCGAAGAGGUGGCUGCUCUGAUUCGCUCCCUGCCGGUCGAAGAGCAGCCCAAACAAGUCAUCGUUACCCGCAAAGGCAUGCUCGACCCUCUUGAAGUGCAUCUACUCGAUUUCCCCAACAUCGUCAUCAAAGGGUCGGAACUCCAGCUCCCGUUCCAAGCCUGCAUGAAGCUGGAGAAGUUUGGUGACUUGGUGGGUCAUCAAAAGCAUUCUCGGGGACUCCUGCGACGAGGCACUAACUUGGCCCUGAUGGCCACGACGAUCCUCAGAUUCUACGAGCAACGCAACCCCAGAUGGUGCUCGCCAAUCUGUAUGAUGACUGGCUAAAAUCGAUCUCCUCGUACACGGCAUUCUCGCGCCUCAUUCUGCUUUUGCGAUCGGUGCACGUCAACAACGAGAAGGCAAAGAUCAUUCUGCGUCCCAACAAGAACACGGUCACAGCGCCUCAUCACGUUUGGCCUACGCUGGAAGAUGAGGAAUGGAUGCGAGUCGAGGUGGCCCUGCGCGAUCUCAUUCUCAGCGAUUACGCUAAGCGCAACUCGGUCAAUACCGCGUCUUUGACUAGCUCCGAAAUCCGAGAUAUCAUUCUGGGUAUGGAGAUCUCGGCACCAUCGAUACAGCGACAGCAAAUGGCGGAAAUCGAGAAAUCCGCCGAAGCAGCUGCCCAGGUGACAGCGAUUCAGACACGGACCACGAACAUUCAGGGUGACGAGAUACAAACCGUCACUACCACGGCCUACGAGCAACAGGUAUUCUCAUCCAAGACGGAUUGGCGCGUUCGUGCGAUCUCGUCAACCAAUAUCCCGCUGCGCUUGCAACACGUGUACGUGACCAACGAUGACGUUAAGGACGACCUCCCGACAUUCAUUCUGGCGAAGAAUAUCAUGAAAUCGUUCGUUUGCGCUGCCGACCUCCGUACUCCCGUUGCCGCAUAUCUUUAUGGUAUCGUCGCCCCCGAUAACACCCGUGUGGUCGAAGUCAAGGCCGUGGUCAUCGUUCCCCAGCGUGCGAGCCAGCGUUCCGUCGAACUCGCGGCGGACUUGCCUUCGCACCCGCUUCUGGCUGAUAUGAAGAUUGUGGGCAUCAUCUCGACGCAAGCACAAGAGACGCAGUCGCUCACGCCCUCGGACGCGUGCUUGUAUGCCAAGCUGAUGGCUCAGCACGCCGAAAUUGACGGAUCCUCGAUGAUGCUCACCGUCGCCUUCACCCCUGGCUCACUCUCAAUGUCGGCCUACGCCUUGACGCCCAAAGGGUUUGAGUGGGGUCGCACUGCUGAUCCGAAUGCCCCCGCCGGUUACAACCCCGCCUCCAUGUGCGAUCGAGCUCAAUUGCUGCUGUCCGAUCGCAUUUUGGGCUCGGUCUUUGCCCCCGUGGGUGAUGUGUGGAACUACUCGGUCGGCCUCGGUGCCAGCUUCACCCCAACAAUGCCAUACUCGAUAUCUUUGGUCGGUCGACCUAGCGCCUACUGGGAUCCUAUCCAUCGUCCCACUCACUUUGCUUCGUUUGGAAAUAUCGGAGAGGAGGACGAAAACGCGGCCGAUCUCGAUGACAAUUAUGCGUGA